AUGCCUCCGCCGCGGCGGACCAAGGCGCGAGCCACGCCUCCUUUAGCCGCUUUAGCCUCUGAGACAGCUGCCCUCAGCUGCGUUUGCUGCUGUGCUCCGGCAGAUCCCGCGGAAAGCGAAGGGAAAGAAGAAGCCACCGGCGAAGCCAGGCACGGGCAGCGUGGUCUUAGCGUGGGCAGUUCGUCCCCGGAACACUCGGACGAAGACGACCCCAAGGAGUACAAGAGGGGAGGUAUCGCCCUGUGCAUGCACACCGGGACUGAUCAGGACGAGAUUUUGAAUCUCACCGAACGGCUGGGCAACCUCACGAUCAACGUCACCGUCAUCUCCCACGGGGCUACCGCCCCUUCUCAGGUCACUGCUCUGGCUUCGCAGCUCCGCUCUGCUGUCAACGGCCACGGGCCGAACGAACGCAUUCGGAUCGCUUACGCGAGUGGUCGCGAGGCCGCUGCAAAGGUUCGCGGGGACAGUGGCUACUUCAGUGGUCGUCAAGCCGGCGGCCGCAAGGUGGUGUACGUGGUUCUCUUCGGCAGUGCUGUUUCGGAACCUUUUAUCACUUGUGACCUUGGGUAUUAUCUUCGGAUUGUGAAGAACCAGCCUGGGGACACUUGGGACCCCAUCUCGGUGUCUCACGGGUUUGCAAGCUUUGCCGAAGCGGAAGCCUUUUGCUGCGGAGCAGGCCUAGGUGGCUUGCCUCGCGGCUAUACCAAGCUGCAUUUUGUACGCGCAGGUGUGACCGCACAUUGCUUUAUCGUGCGGGCCGUGGACUCUGGGUUUAUGCUUUGCUUGCCCCCGCUGGCUAUCCCCGAGGAGGACCUUCAGGAGGCUUCAGCCGGUCAAUUCGCUGGGGUUUUCGGUCCAUGGACUGCUGUUCCAGUGCGAGCAGUCUCUGUUGCCGGCCGCGAACUAGUGAAAACAGUGCCUUGCCUUCUGGUCGACAUCGCUAGUGCCGGUACCGACUUUCUUGUCGAGGUUCUUCCCUCCGAAGCGGACGCGGUAAUCAACUUUGGGACUUAUCGUCUACAGACCGUUUGGCCCUCAGCCAGAGGCGCUCUCGAAGCUUUGGAGGUCUUCCUCAAUGGGGAGGAGUUAGCUGGCGAGAGUGCAGAACGACUGGAAGGCUACUUCACCGCCGGCUCGGAGUUCGAGGCGCCGGAUCCUGCCCCGGGGGCCGCAGCUUCUCACAAUGACAUCUUCCAUCGGCUUUUGUCGCAGAGCUCGGAACAAGCACAGGUUCUGGCAGGCAUGCAGUCGCGGCUCACCACCUUAGACUCCGUGGAGCGGCGGCUGCACACUCUGGAGUCACAGCGGUCUCCAGCCCCAGAUCCAGCCGGCGCCAGAUCAGAACUACCGGCGUGGGCGCCGCAAUUGUUCCAGGAAGGAGCCCGGGAGCAGCUAGGUGCAGAGCAGCUGGAUCGUUUGGUGUCCUUAGCAGGUCGUGGCCCGAAGCUCCUCCAGGACUUACCCGGCCCGAGUGCUGGGAUUCAUGCAGCUGGCCUGGCACCAGCGGCUGCUGUGGGAGCCCGACCAAAGGCCCGCUUCCAGUUCCCAAAGGCUUCCGUGACUCCCGUAAUCGUCCCAGAGGAGGGCGAGGAGGCCGAGGCCGUCCCCGCGGAUGUCGGGGCGGGCGCAAGCGGCCAGUUGCUAGGGCAACUGCUCACUCAGCAGACGGCCAUCCUCUCACAGCUGGCCGCCUCAGCACAGAAGGCGAAAGACCCGAUGCACCUCCUGGGCUCGGGGAGCUCUUCGGAGGACGGGUCAAAGUUCCCCGGUGUCCGGGGCAUGGCCGCCCGCCAGUUGCUUCGCGAGCAGUUUCAGCGCAAUCCGCUCGCCGUUUACACUGGGGUGCGGGAUCGUCUAGCUCAGGCGCGCAGGAAGACUUCUGCUACGCAGCUCGAGGCCAGGGACAUGUUCCUUCACUUCCAGGAAGUCGUACCCCUCGGCAAUUACAAGACGCUGACCUACCUGUCCUUCCUGCUGUGCGACAUGUGGGAAGCGAUCGAGCACAACAAUUCCGAGGAGCUGAUGGCCUUAGUGUCCCUAGGUCUGGUGUUUUGCGAACAGGUAGCGAACGAACAGGGCUCGACCAGACUGGCCUGGCUUCUCUCGUGCAGGGAGGACCCACCCUUCUGUCUGGUGGAUAACCGGCGCACUCCUCGGAGCGAGGUCCCUCACGGGGCUCUCUCAGAUCCCCGAUGGGUUGCGGCUCAGCUGGCCUACCUGCGGGACGUGGAACAGAUCCAAGACCGGACCUUCAGGAGCCAGCAGCCGCCCGGCAGCAGUCAAGGCACCGGCCAGGCGGCCGACGAACCAAAGGGCAAGGGCCGCAGACGGCCCCCGAAAGACGGCACCGGCCAAUCGGCUUUCGGGCCGGCGCAGGGCGCGCUGGGCGCUCCGGCACCACCGACGCAAUUGGAUCAGUUGAAUGACCUUCGGCAUCGUAGCAGUGCCCUUUAUGCGCAGUUUCAGCCUUACAGUACGCGUAGCAAGUGCACUGCUUCUCCUGCCGAUGCGUAUGAGCCUGAUGGGCCGGAGCGCUCAUCCCGGGGCGACGGGCCCUCGCAACCUGCAUCACAACCCCCCUCUUCAGGUUUUAGGCUAGGCCCCGCCUCAACCUCUUUACGCAUCAACCCCGAUAGGCUAGUGUUUGACACCCCGCCGAGGUUUAAUGCCAGCCCGUACUUGGUUGAUCCAUUGCUAAAGAGUGCUUACCUUGACCCCUAUGCAUUGUUGCGUCCCGCCUCGCAGUGGCCGAAGACGAAGCGAGCUCGGGUUAUGGCAUCCCGUGAUCAACAGUUCGAGCUAUAUCGCAAAUGGGAUGAUGUGGAGUCACUUUUCCUCCUUCCUGCUUCUUCGUCUGAGGUCAGGUACAGAUGCGGCUUGUUUGCCGUAUACAAGAGUGACACUGUGGACCGUCAGAUCCUCAACCCAAUCCCCGAAAAUGCCCGAUGCUUUUCUAUAUCUGAUUCCACGCUGUCGCUCGCUCACGCUUGCCUGCUGGGACAGAUCUACAUUGGUCCUACUCAAAAUUUGGUUGUAGGGUCUGACGAUCUCAAAGAUUUCUAUCACGGCUUUGUCAUUUCGGAUGAGCAUGCCGCUAGGAACCACAUUCACGGAGUGUUUCGAGGUUCUGACUUUAGGGGCUUUAGAGCUUACAAGCCUGAACUUGAUGAUAAACCCGUAGUCGGCUGCUUCAAAAGCUUAGCCAUGGGAACCAGCUACGCGGUGGAAACCGCUCAACAUGCUCAUACCGUUUUGUUGCGCCGGGCGUCUUGCCUCAAAAGCUCAGAGCAGGUAGCUUACAAACAUCCGAUUCCUAGAGGUCCCGGAUUUGAGCUACUAUGUAUUGAUGACCAUGCAUACUUGUUGCUGGUCUCCAAGCUUGAGGCACGCAGGGUCCCUGAUGUAAACCGUGCCGACCUCGCCUUGUUCGCACGAGCAGCUCGCAUGUACACAAAAGCCGGCCUUCGCACUGCGCCUAAGAAAGCCAUCCGCAACGCAUAUCGUGCUACUGUUCUUGGGGGUCAGAUAGAUGGCGAGGCCGGCACGUUAUCAGCUCCGAAGCUGAAAACCACCGUCUUGUGUGCUCUUACGUUUCAGCUUGCCGUGCUCGGGUUCAGCACGAAGGAGAUCCUAGCCAGUAUUGUAGGUUCUUGGGUGUUUGUCGCGAUGUUCCGCAGGCCCUUCAUGUGUCUCAUCACCCAAUUAUAUCACGAUAUUGCGCAGCAUAAGGAUGGCGAGGUCUUCCCUUUAAGCCAUGACUCCCGACAGGAGCUCUUGUUGCUCACUCUGUUCGCACCUUGCAUGGCCACAGAUCUUCGUGCUCACCCGCUGGGCCGUGUGUUUUGCACCGACGCAUCAUCUUUUGCAGCAGGGGUGUGCGAAUCCUCUCUGAGACCGGAGGUCUGUCUUGAGCUGCUCCGUCACGCGGACCAUAAGGGCUUCCAUACGCACCUUAAGCCUCAGGUUGCCGCUUACCUAGAGCAUUUCAACUUGCCCCCAGGUUUAGUUGACGACUCUCCCGAAAGCGUCCCGAGGACUUUAGCUGAGGGCAUCCUUUUCGACUUUUGCGAAGUAGGUCGAGUUGGGAGCGGGCUCAGUGCCUCCUUCAGAGACAGAGGGUUUUGCGUCCACCCCGGGUUUGACUUUGCUUGCGAGGGUCCGGGAUCGCACGCUGCACCUAAUACCAUGCUGCACAUCAUCGGGCUUAUCUGUAGGCGUGUUGUUGCUUACUUUCAUAUAGCCCCCCGGUGUAGAUCUUUUGGGAACUCGUACCGUCCCCGCACUCGCAGCAAGACUCUACCUUCAGGCUUUGAAGCGUCUCACCAGGAGUCGUGCGAGGACACCAGGCUAGCUCGGAGAGCGGCCUUCCUUCUGCACUUGUGCUCCGCGCAUGGCUUGGCUGCUUCCUGUGAGCAGCCCCUCGGUUCAGUCAUGUACCGUCUUGAGGUGUUUCAGCGUCUCUUCAGCAAGGGUUACUCGAGCCUUAAGGUUACCUUCUGUUCUUUCGGGACUCCCUACAAGCAGAGCUCACAUUGGCUAAUAAACCGCAGUGGGCCGCUCAGCCUCGCAUGCCGGUGCACGUGCUCGUCUGCCGAACCGCACCUCCGGGUCGAAGCUUCUUUCAGCCAAGAGUCCCUCAAAAAGUUCAGGCUGCGUUGCAAACCCGACUGUUUCAGUGUCUUUGGCCGUGAGCCCAAGCUUGGUGAAGCAGUGCGGAUGUUUUCAGCCACAUACCCGCUGCCCUUCAGUGAUCGCUUUGUAGAAUGCAUGAGGCCUCACAUCGCCGAACUCAAAAGGGGUGUAGCUGAUUUCAAACGCCCGGCUCAUUCACCACCUCGUUGGAUCGGAGACCUCGGCUCAUGUCUCUCCUGGCGAGUGCUGCUGCAAUAUCGCUUCAAAAAGCAGAAUCACAUAAACAUAAAUGAAGAACUUUCUUUGAGGAGCUUGCUCAAACACGCUGGCAAGACCAGUCCAGAUUCUAGGUUCGGGGUCCUUUUAGAUAGCAGGGUCGUUAUAGGCUGCAACUCCAAAGGCCGGUCAAGUAGUCAGAAGUUGAAUUUCUACUUGAGCACUGCCCUUCCCUACGUCGCCGGUUGCAACCUGUACCCCCACUAUUUUCAUAUAGGCACCCGAGAUAAUCCUUCAGAUGACCCUUCACGCUUGACCGCUCUUCGGGAGAGCUGUCCUCAGCAGCGGCCGCUGUGGCUGCGGCAGUCUCUGGCAGGACAGUUCACCUUGUUCGACAUAGUCCGCCGCGCCGACAGCUGCGCCCAGCCUUUGGAUGGUUGGGCUAGACUGGCGGCCCUCAGUGUGGCGUUGGACAUUCUGAAUGCCUCGUGCGAAGCGCCGCGAUCUGGCGGACAGGCUGGGCGUCAACCUUGA